AUUGCACAAAUAAUGCAAACGCUUGCAACUUAAUUUCCUAGCACAGAGCACCAAAAUCUGAGAACGUCUUUUUUAUAAAUUUCGUAACAUCAAUCCGGUAAAUCAAAGCGAAUCGAUCUUGAACAGCUACACAAUGGAACAUUUUAUCAAAUUGUUGCUGCUGUGCGUUUGCUUAGCAAAUGCCGUACACGGUGCCGUCUAUUCGCCGGGAGGAGGCGGAGUUUAUGGGGACUCAUCACCGAAAGAUGCCGGCGGGGAUCCAGUGUUUGCUGUGCUGCCGAGCCAGGACGUCAAUCCGGACUAUUACACAACCCAGACGGUGUAUGGAUUUCUCGAUUUUACCACCACCAUCGGUAACACGGUGAUGAUCUUUUCGCCGCAGAGUGCCGCUCCGGCUGUGACAGAACCACCAAAAACGACGGCUCCACCACCUCCGGUCAUUGAAACGACCCCAACCACCACCACUACCACGGAGGAAGUGGUGAAGGAGAUUAAACCCAGCAAAACGGUCGUGCUGCCGGUGCAGCCAAAGGAGAAGGUCAGCAUCGUGCAGGUUCUGCCGGAAACUCCGAAGCCUCCGACGACGAAACCGAUCGGUCCGCUAAAGUUCGUCCCCAAGGCCGUUCCUAAGGUGGCAAUCAAACCGAUCCUAAAGCCGAAGCCGAAAAUCGUUGAAGUUGCCCCAGUUAAGGCAGAAGCCGUGCCACAACAAGAACAACCCCAGGCAGAUCGAUUCAUCGUGAAACCGGUACCGAAAUCUGUGAUCAUUAAACCAGUCGCACCGAUCGUAAAGGUGGUAGCUACGAAGGUUGAACCAACAACGACGACGACUCCCGAGAAUGACCCGGCAGUUGAAUCGGAGGAAGAGGAGGAAGAGGAUUUCGAACAGGAGCAGGAACAGGAAGUGCAAGAAGUUGCUGAAGAAGAACAUGACGAGCAGCACGAUGAAGAGGAACAAGAAGAAGAAGAAGAAGAAGAAGAGGAACAGCAGCACGAGCAGGAGCAGGAGCAGGAACAGCAGCAGCAAGAACCCAGUCCAGUCGCAAAUGUAGCAGUUGAAGCGGUUCAAGUUACAGAGAAACCGAAGAUGCACGUUGUUGAAGCGGUAAAACCAGUAACUGCUGCAAGUACAACAACCACGACGACGGAAGAACCGGUGGCUGUGGUGAAUGCUGCCGAGGAUCAACACGAAGAGCACUCGCCGAUAAUGUUUUCCAACAUUUCGGAAGAUGAAGUGAAACCAGUUGCUGGGGUAAAGGAUGCUCAGGCCGAUAAAAGCUCGCCCGUAGCGGGAACGGACGACCACCAGCAGCAGAACGAGGAAACGCCCGAAGACGAUACCAACGCCGAGGAGGAGGAAGAGGAAGAGGAUGAGGAAGAGGACGAACCGGUGCCGGUGCUGCAAAUUGGCAACAAUCUUGGCGAACCGGAGUAUGACUUUCUGUCCCGCCAGCCGUCCGAGUUCGUCGAGGAAACGUUCCGCGUCGUCAACCUCAGGCCGACGGCGGCAGGCUCCCAGCCAGUAGCUGCCACUGCCCCAUCGUCAGUACCGCGCGAGAAGGCGGCCAAACCGAAGCGAGGUAAUAAGGGCAGAUCCCAUCCGACCGGCCUGGUAACGACGCUCGGUGGCACCGUGGUUAAGGAGGGCGUUACCACCGUCCACGAGACCAGCGUGAUCGGCACCUACAUUUCAGGAAAGUAUGCGCAGGUCCUACAAAGCACGUCUCAUGUCAUUCAAGGUAACCAAGGUGGAGCGGCAGCGAGCGGCAACGGGGCAGCGGGGCCAUCCAGCCCGGCCAUCGAUGGCCGGCGGCCCAAGCUGAACCCGAGCUCGACGCUGCGCAUCCUGAAGACGGCGGCGCCGGCACUCAACAAGACGCCACGGUACAACCCGGAGGCGGCCUCGAUCAUCACGCCGUCGCCGGCGACGCACGCGCUCGAGGACACUGGGCUACCGCUGGAGAAUCUGUUCGCUAGCCAGCCCAGCUCGAGCCUGGUGCGGCCGUCCCGCCGUCUGCCCGGUAGCGCUAGCGGUAACUUCAAGAACCGUCUGAAGAACCGCAUCAGCAAGGACGAGAACGAUCUGCAGGAGCAGGGCGGUGAGAGCGAACCCGUUACACCGCAAGCCACGGUAACGCCGCAGCCUACGUACGGCAAGAAGCCAGGCAGCCGCUACCGCAACACACAAAUCGUUAAGCCCGUCGCCAAGAAUACAAGAUUUAACCGUUAUUCUACAUCAAGCGUGGAGGUUGCCACGGUGUCCGUUUAUAGUGAGCCGAAUCCGACGCCCGGCUCGGGCUAUCAGAACCGGCGCAAUAAGUCCUCACGUAACGGUUUCAAACCAACAUCAUCCCACAGCGUGUCGACGGUACAGCAGCAGCAGCCGGAUGCGGCUACCAGACGAUCGUUCAAGCCGAAACCGCAACCGUCCGCACCGCAGGAUCAGGAACCGGGCCAGACUACCAGUCUGUACAAGUUCAAGCUGAACCGGUCGCCGGGCCGCUGGCAGUACAAAUCGCCCGCGAAGCCGACAGUCGCGAUCCGGAAGCAGAGCGCGGUCAAGCCCAAGGAUCAGGUACUGGAAAAUCUCACGACCGCACCGAUUUCCGACACAUCCGUACAGUCUAAUGAUAUUGCGCAGUCACCCGAGCACGCGGAAAAGGUGGACACGGAUGCGGACCUGGACCAGUCCGGCUCGGUGCAUGGGAAUGUGCUGAACGAUGCGGAUAACGACAACCAGAUCGAGCGCCGCUAUCCGAUCGAGACGCUGAAGGUGGAGAUUUCGACGCCGGCUGACUUCCGCGAUACGUACUACGAGAUUGCAACGAUAAAGUCGCCCUACACCUUCCAGGUGGGUACGGUGAAGAACACGCGCUAUAUUACUGUCACAUCGACUAUUGAGAAGGUGCUGGAGCAGGAGACGGCCACCAUCACACCGUCGCUAACGGAACCACUGACUGAGAACAUUUUGGCCACUACGACGCACAUUGACAAGGAGAGCAAUUUGUUGGACUCGAGCAUUGCCACACUGCCUCCGAUUGUGCUGGGCCUUGACACGGAGACGCCACCACUUGAAACGCUAACGGAAACGUUCAGCACUACCCAGGCCAUGCUUAAGACGCACAUUCUGCCUGUUAUCCGAGAAGGCGAUACUACCAGCUACACCCUCAUUCAAACCUACCAUGUGACGCGUCUGGUCACUGCCACCAAAACGUUGCCACCGAUGGAGCUGUACCAUUUCGUACCGUCGCGCACACUGAACGAGUUCAACAGCCGAUUGGACGAGGCAGGAUCCGAGCUACACCUGGAGCUGGAGUUCGGUGAUGACAACGAGAACGAUGACGAGGAUAAGCCCAAGCGCGAACGGCUACCAUCCGAUCUGGACCUCUCGAACAUUGGGUCCGACUUUGACCUGUCCGAGGUGGACAAGACAAACAUCCCGGAGAACAUUCGACCGAAGAAGAAGAUCACGGGAAGCAACAAGGAAAACCGUGUGACCACCGAAGCACCGGUAACGACUCCCGCACUUACACCCGAACAGCUGCAGCAGUUGGCGCUGCUCCGUCUGCUCAACCCGGCCGCUGCUGCACAGAUUCCCUCGGUACUGACCUCCUCGAAGCCGGUGAUUAAGCUCGAGACGGUGUACGAGUCGCACGUGCUGCCCAUCAUCAACGGUGCCAACACAAUCCUCAGCACGAUUUCGCGCCCGAUCGGUACGAUCACCAAGACGAGCUACGAGCUUGUAACGACGACGCUGCCCAGCCUACCCAUCCCACCGAUUCCGCAGCUCAAUCCGCUUCUACUGCAGCAGCAACAGCAGCAACAGUCGCUCCAGAUUCAGUCGACACCCGUCGUCACGCAGACAAUCGUCACCGAGACGAACAGUAAGGUGCUGAAGCUGACGUUUGGUGCUAAGACGGCGUAUACCACGCUCUACUCGACGACGGUGGUUCCAACGGUGCUGACCACCUACUUGACCCAGUCGGUUUCCGUUCAACCGACGGCAGCCGCUGCGUUCCCUGGAUUCUUCCCCAACCCGUACGCACCGUUCCCGUUCGUCGGCUAAGGAGGAAUGGAGCGAAUUGACUUGCCUAGUUGCUAAUUUAGGAUAACGAAUUGACAGAGCAAAGAGAUGGCGUGAAUGAGAAGACGAUCGUACAAGGGACAAAAGCUAAUGCCACAACGAACAGUGAACACAUCCCGGGCCCGCUGUAUUAACCGUGGCCGUGGAUAAUCUUCUACCGCCACGAUAAAUUCCGCAAUGAUACCGUGUCGGGCUGGUGACGCGUGGAAAAGGAAAUUAUUCAACGGUGCAGCGAAGCAGCAGCGAAAUGGAUAGAGAUAGCACGCCACAGGAUAGGAUGUGAAAGGUUAAAUGUCUGUGCACAGGAAUCUUGCCACGGCUGGGGAUGAGACGCCUGUAUCUACCGGUUGCUGCUGACAAUAGAGUAAGGAGCAAGAGGAGUAGAAGAAAAAGAAACCAGACCCCAGCGGAAUAUAAGGCGCGCCACCCUCAGCUGGAACGAUGUUUUAGUGUUAUUUGCAUGUUUUGUUUUUCUUGCCGGACGAUCCAGGCGGAUCCAAAACCUACCCUUGACUGACGAACCCAAACCUGGUGGCUGGACAUAAAAUAUUCCAUUCCGUUUAGUGGACGAAAUGUUUCCCCAUGUUUUUUUUGUUUCCAACCCGCAUCCUCCCAGCAGCGCGAUGUAAGCGAGGGAAGAAACAUUUUCCUUAAGAAUAGCAUUAAAUUUAAUUCAAACUAGAGCCUCGGUAAUACGGUGAAAAUGUUGCCGUAGAAGUAUACGAUGAGGCGGGAGUGAUUUUAAAAGGCGGGUAAGUGCACCCCUUUAGCUUCAGUGGGCCGCGAAAUAAGGCAAAACAGUGUGAGAGAGGAGAAAAAACAGGAUAGGAUCCGCAAAAGGUUUUAUUUUAUGCUACAAAGGAUAAACGGUUUAUGGCGACGCAAUGGCGAACCAACCAAACGAAGGUGCAAAAACGAAUGAAAUCGGAGUGAAAAGUGUGGCCGUUAAAGAUGAAUAGAAAAGUUGGAAAAGAAUGGAUUUAUGAAAUUGGAGCGCAUCAUCGCAAACUACGGACCGUUUCCUCGGUGUAUCAGGUGUAAUGGAUACGCCGUAUUCAUAAACGGAUAAUUUUGUAAAUAUUUUAUACGAUUAUCGCAACAAUCGGCUCGAGUUGUCCGUUUAAGGAGCGCACAGGCUUUUUUGUGUGGCUACGCAACAAGCCUCGCUUGAAACGAAAUUAUCUACUUUGUCUGCAGUAUUUAGCUGAGUAAAAUUUUAAUACAAUUUUCCAAUUACAAAAAAGAUCUUUUAUUAGAACUGAAUCCUUCAAAGUGUUCUGAUUUAGUAUUCUUUUGUAAAUAAUUUAUUUUUUCUUGCAUGUUUAAAAUUUCCUUUUUACGAUAUUUUUUAUGAUAAAAUGGACUUUAAACAAUUGACGAUUAUUGUUUCAUAUUAUUCUUCUAAAAAUUCUCAUUGCUACUAUAAAUGUUUUACAGUCUUCAGCUUGCUACUUACCUCCUAUAUGUGCUAAUACUGAUCAGCUCAGCAAUAUAUCUGAAUCGUUUUCAUACGUGAUUACUGCAAUUGCUCUAGAAAUAGCUAGUACUUUAAAUGAAGGAAAAUGCGUUGACCGCUUUUAAGAAACGGUACAUGAAAAUACAACAUGAAAAUACUCAGCUCAAUACACGUGCUUUACAAUUUAAUGUAAAAUGAUAUUACGAAUCAAGCGAUGGCCGUCGAGUUAUUACUCUAAUUGAAAAUUUCACUCUCCUAUUAUUUUAUGUUUAUUUUAAAGUGUCUUUUGUAAAUAAGAAUUUUCUGUGUUUUUGUUUUUUUUUGCAAUUUUCAAAACUCGUCGCAAUAUGCUAUUGACUUUAUAGUUAAAAGUACUGUAUUCAUUAAACUUUCUUUUAAUAAAAUCUAUACAUAUGAAAAA